CCAGCCCAUCCGAAGAGGCAACACGCGCUGUGCCUCUCGAAUCUCUCCGACCGCGAGGGGCACCACCGGUCGGUCGCCGCCGGUGCUGCGGCCGCGAGGAACUUGCGUGGGGCGACGCGCCCGGCUGCUUGGGCAACUGGGCGGAGCAGUCGGGUCGGCUACCGCCGGCUGGUCUUCUAAGUAGGAACCUCUUCCGGCGGGGGUGUCAGGUCUGAGCUGAUUGGGGAUCCGGCACCGCAUCGCCAGGAGGGGAUAGCCAGCCAUGGCAGCGAGGCAGCCGCCGCCUUCGUCUGCCUCCGCGCCCGCCGCGGGGCUCUCCAUGAAGGAGUACCUCAAGAGGUACCAGUCAGGCCCGGGCGCUGACGGCGACCAGAAGAAGGCGAAGAAGAAGACGAAGAAGAAGCCCAAGCCCACCGCUGGAGGAGGCGGGGUGCUCAUCGUUGACGAGGACCCCGUGUGGCAGAAGCCCGUGCAGGUGGAGGAGGAGCCCGCGUCGUCAGGUGACGAGAAGCCUCUGGUUGACGAGGACAUCGAGGUGAAGCGGAUGCGUCGCCUGGAGGCGAUACGCGCGGCAAGGCCGUACAAUGCUAUUGCCGAGGACGGCAGUGGGUGGGUUACCGUGGCCGCCCCGGAAGAGCAGGGCGGUGGGUCCACCCGCCAGCUCAGGAACGACACGCCGUCGCCAGAGCAGGGAGGUGCUGUGAGGGAGGACCUUUCUCCUGUGCGGCGGAGGCAGCGGCGUGACACACCCUCACCUGUGCAGGGUGAUGCUGCUGGAAAGGAUUUGUCACCACCGAGACAGAGGCGGAGACGCCAGGACACGCCAUCACCAAAGGGCAGUGGUGCAGGGGACCAGGAUGAUAUGUCACCACCACGGAAGUCUAGGCGGAAAAAAGACCCUUCACCACCAAGGAAGGGUGCUCGUCAUAUCUCUGAGGAGCCCCAGGAUACCUCGCCACCCAGGAGACGUAGGAGACAUGAUUCAGAGGAGCCCCAGGACACCUUGCUACCAAGGAGGCGUGUGAGACAUGAUUCGGUGGAGUCUGAAGACAUUUCUCCACCUCGGCGACGGACACGGCAGGACUCAGAGGGGCCUGAAGACAUCUCACCACCACGGAGGAGCAAGCACCAGGACCCUGAAGACAUCUCACCACCACGGAGGAGGAAACACCAGGACCCUGAAGACAUCUCACCACCACGGAGGAGGAAGCACCAGGACCCUGAAGACAUCUCACCACCACGGAGGAGGACGCACCAGGACCCUGAUGGUGAUUUGUCACCCCCAAGAAGAAAUAAUUUGGGGCAAAGUCACAAAUCUGCAACGGAUGAGUUAUCUCCACGUAAGAAGAGAGACACUUCUCCCUCAAGGAAUAGUAAAAAGGAAAGAGCCUCAAAACACGUGAUGAAAGCUGGACUGAUGACAGCAGAGGAAGUUAAAGAGGACAUAAGAAAGAUUAAGGAGACUGAGAUGGCUAAGUUUGCGUCACAGGAUCCUUCGCUGGUUGGGAAAGGUGCAAAGGCAGUAUUCAGAGAUAAGGAAGGAAGGCGGAUAAGUGAAGAAGAAAUGCGCAAGGCAAAGGAACCUGAGAAGCCAAAGGAAAUACAUAUAGAAUGGGGUAAAGGGUUGGUUCAGAAACGAGAAGCUGAGGCUAGAUUAAAAGAGAUUGAAGCUGAGAAGAAGAAACCUUUUGCUCGAACAAGGGAUGACCCUGAGCUUGACAAUAUGCUAAAAGAAAGAAUCCGAUGGGGUGAUCCUAUGGCUCAUCUAGUCAAGCGGAAAGAUCCAGAAUUUAUUUUGGAAGACUUGGGAGAUGAUGAAAAGAUGAAAGAAUCUGGUUUCAUAGUACCCCAAAAUGUACCUCCUCACAGCUGGCUGAAACGUGGAGUGGAUGCUCCUCCAAACCGCUAUGGCAUAAAACCCGGUCGACAUUGGGACGGCGUGGAUCGCAGUAAUGGGUUUGAGAAGGACAUGUUCAAGCUGAAGAAUGAGAAGCAAGCAAUGGAGCAAGAGGCCUAUCUUUGGUCUGUCUCAGAUAUGUGAGCCCAAAUGUUGUCUCUUACGAGAGGAAUACUGUGGUCUAAAGGAAGAACGAAGAACCAAUGAAGACCUUUCACACGAUUUUCUUUUUCUUACACCAAAUGACAUCUUUAGUGAUGCUGUGCUGGUAGCUUGAAUAUAUAUUUUUUCCCCUGGAAAGCUCGAUGAAGCUGCAUUUGUUGGAAAUCUCAAAUCUGUUACUACCCUUUGUCAUCCUUCACAUUUUGUAAUAUAGACGAACGUACUGAAAAAAAAACACAGGUUUUGGAGUAGUUCAAAAGAUGAGAUUUUACUGUCA